AUGGAGAUGGAUAGUGGGAGGUCACUCGAUGCUCAAGAAACACUCACUUCACCCAGCGACGAAACAAACCCAGCUGGUGAUACGGUAGUGCCUGCAGUAGGUAACAUUACAAGUCUCCCUGGUGUCAUCUAUAUUCGCUGGGGCAACGAUGUAUGUCCCGAAGAUGCAGAACUCAUCUAUUCAGGUUCUAUUGGAGGUGCACACUACGGUCAUACUGGAAGCGGCUCAAAUCAUCUCUGCAUGCCAGAAGAGCCUAUCUAUGACGAAGUAGAAACUUCCACACACGCUGAUCGAGCCCUACUAUUCUCUACUGAAUACCAACUCAAUACUGGUCCUUCACGCAUGCAACCAAUGCAUGACCAGACUCCGACCUGUGCAGUCUGCAGGGCGCCCUCUGGCCGCACCAGCAAACUUAUGAUUCCUGCCCGCAACGUGUGUCCUUCUCAAGAAUGGCGUUUAGAGUACGCUGGUUAUCUUAUGGCAGAGAAAUACACAACCAAGAGAUCGGAAUUCGUGUGUGUGGACCGAGAGAUGGUUCCUAAAGCGGGGACCCAGGGGAAUCAAGGAGGCGGGUUGUUGUUCAUGACAGAAGUCCGGUGUCUGGCGGGUGGGGGCUUGGAUUGUGGACCCUACAUCGACGGUUACGAAAUUACAUGCGCUGUCUGUACUAUCUAAAGUCCUACUAAUAAAUGUUUGUUCGUUGUGUAUAGUUUGACACAGUUCUUGUUAUGCUUUUAAAAUAUAUUAGUUUCAUACACACACAAGUGAUAAAGUGUAAGCCUUAGUUUCAUACACACGACAGACUGUGAUAAAAUGUAUAUACAUUAUAGUUGCAUACACAUACCAGUAAUAAAGUGUAAACCUUAGUUUCUUACACACAAUAGUGAUAAAAUGUCCACCUUAGUUUCAGACACAUACCAGUGAUCGAGUGAAAACCUCAGUUUUUAUACACAACAGUGAUAAAGUUUCUGAUAAAAUUAGGCCUCGUUUGUCGAUGGUUCUCUAAAUAUUGUUAAUGUUUAUUGAAUUUCAUGGUAGAUUUUCUUUUUAUUUAGGAAAGAAUAGUUCUGUUGCUAUAAACCUGAAUUUUCUGAAACAAAUUAGCUUUCAUUUUUUACAGAAGUGUGAAACGAAACAUAUUGAUCGUUUAAUGUACAUGUGAAUAUU